AUGAACCCAUACGUCGAAGUCACCCUCAGCUGGCUCCUCAAAAGCUCCCGCGGCCACGACGCAAAGGCCUUCUACACCUCCCCGGCCUUCGCCGCCCACAAGGAGCAGACCCUCACCGUGACGUCCCCGGACUGCGGGCCCUCGCCCGCGGAGCUCCGGCCCGAGUACAUCAACGAGGGCGGCGGCCGCAUCCCCGCCCUCGCGUGGACGGCGCCGCAGGACGUCGAGGCGCGCGUCAAGGAGUGGCUCAUCGUCUCCGAGGACCCGGACGCGCCCCUGCCGACGCCGAUCUGCCACGGAGUGUAUGGUGGCAUCCCGCCUGAGAGGAGGGAGGUCACGGCCAAAGAUUUCGAGAUUGAAGAUGAGAAGAAGUCGCUGCUCAAGGGCGGUUUUCACUGGGGCAAAGGGCGGCGGGAGGGUGUCUACGUUGCUCCGAGGCCACUGAUGAACCAUGGUCCUCACAGAUACUUCUUCGAGGUUGUGGCGCUGAGUGAGCCGCUGGACAAGUCGAUGCUCGAGGCCCGAGCAACGAAAGAGCAGGUCGCGGAAGCCAUCGACGGCAAGGUCUUGGGUUGGGGUUUGUGGAUUGGAAGUUGCGAGAGGAGGUGGACUUGA